UGCUCAGCUCUACACAGCAACACAACUUUUUCUUGGACUGUGCCUCAGAACGAAGAACUAAACAUGUCUGGCAAAGAUGGUGUUCGCCAAAGACGCUCCGGGAACUCAAGUCCUGAGCAGCGAUCGGUCGGUGAAGAGGAAGCAAUAAAGAAAGCCUCUAAUGGGUGGAUCCGUGCUUUUUUUAUUGCUGUUGUCCUCGCACUCUUCAUCCCAAUAUUCAUUAUGUUACUUCUGCCGUGUCCUAUUGAGCCUCUGGAAAUUUCUGGUUUGACAGAUCGACCAGAACUGACUGGUGUGCUGAAGCCAAACAACCUUCUUCAUUUAUGUGAGAAACUCUACCAAAAUCACUUGGAGGGUCCUGAAUCAAUUGAAAUAGAUGGAGAACACAUUUACACAGGCACAGCUGAUGGCUGGGUCAAGCACAUCCAUAAAGGAGAGGUGCAGAACUUGGUGCGGUUUGGAACACCACCGUGUGGUGGAAUAAUGAAUGAGAAUACCUGUGGUCGACCUUUGGGUAUGCGGAUGAGCAAAGACGGAUUUCUGAUUGUCAUUGACGCGUACUAUGGUUUGUACAAGGUGAACGUGGCAACUGGUGACUACACCCUGCUCGUCUCAGCAAAGACUCCUGUUAACGGGAGGCCAUUAAAGUUUGUGAAUGAUCUUGACUUUGGUCAUGAUGGGAAGAUCUAUUUCACAGACACCAGUUCUAGAUGGCAUCGCAACCAGUUUAUGAACGUGGUAUUUGAAGGCUCUGCCACUGGCAGACUCCUGGUGUAUGACCCUGUUACUGGUGAUGUGAAACAAUUGAUGGAUGGUUUUCUUUUUGCCAAUGGUGUGCAGUUGACUAAAGACAAAAAAUCUGUCCUUGUUUCAGACACAAUGGCAGGCAGGAUUUACCGAUACAUUUUGCAAAGUGGAGAUACGGUGGUGUGGGCGGACAAUCUCCCUGGACUUCCUGACAACAUCCGUUAUUGUUUGACCUCGGGGACUUACUGGGUGGGAUUUGCAGGCGUCAGACAAGCUGGGAAGUUUUCUAUUGUCGAUUCAUUGGCUUCACAUCCAUGGAUCCGUGGAAUCCUGGCCAAGGUUGUUACAGUUUCAAAUUUUCCCACCGUAGCGAAGCAUCUGAGCAGUACAGACACAAAAGCUAUUACACUGGAGAUGUCCGAGGAUGGGAAAAUCCUCCGAAGCCUUCAAGACUCCACAGGUGCUGCCUUGCAUGGGGCCAGCCAAGUGUCAUGUGCUGAUGGAGCCUUAUACUUUGGUUCCUUCCAUUCCACGUAUUUGAGCCGCUUAUACAAGAAGAAGAUUCCUGGAUUUUAGAGCAUUUUUACCUUGUAGUUGAUUGAAAGUUUAGUAACAUCCUUUACCACAAGUGUUUUACCAUUUUCCUUGAUUUCAGAGAUUUAGAAAAUCGUUAAGUAUUGACCUGUAGAUAAAUACAGAACAGAAAUCCUGAUAUGCUAUAGAAAGCUACGGCAGCAACCACAAAUAUCGGUGAUACGCUGAUGCAAUAUUGUUAUUGUAUUAGAGACUAGCUAGUUUUAUAGUUCCUCAUGAAUAUAGAUUAGUCUCUCACCAAAGGUCCAGUGUGUCAGAUUAUUUUUUCCAUACUGUGUGGAUUUCCAGUAUAGAUAUGAAAGGUCUUUUCUCCUCUCCUCCUACCAAUUCUUGGAAGCAAUUUAUUUAUUCACUAGAGCUGCAGUUGCUGCAGACUCUGAAUUCUAAAGGGAGUUUUAGUUGACAUGUACUAUUCAUUGAUGUUUGAACAGUAUUAAGGCUCUUUAGGCCGAUACUUUUUGCUCUGCAGUAUUUUUUGUUUUCAGUUCACAACUCCUGUUCAUACAGACAGCUUACUUUAAUAUCAUUGAAAAGUCAAUCUAUUAACUUUGGUUAAUGGCCACAAAUGUCUUUACUUAUGUUUGAGUUUGAGCUGGAAUUUUCAAAAACUUGACUUUCCGAAAAUCCUCACGGCUAAGUUGGGUUGUUUUAUUUUGUUUUUGGGUUGUUGUUUUUUUUUAUUGGGGAGAGGGGUGGUUGUAGUUUUCAGUACGGAGCAUCUAUUACAGAUCCGUCAGUGGGGUUAUAAUUACCCACAUUUUUUGUGAUCUACAUCACACUUGCUCAUGUAUGCCCAUCCAGAUGAGCAGAAACAGUCAUCUUUAGUGCACAGAGCAUUCCUUCACAUUUUCUAUGAAAACUUUUCUGGAGUAAUUUUGUGGGUAUUUGAAAAGUUCAGGAGACAAAUUUAUGAAAUCUUUGGUGCAGAUGAUUUGCUCACAUUUCCAAGAAAGAUUUGAAUCUAGUCUGAGGUUUUUGUGAAGUCUGCUCCGGGAUGUCAUUAUUCCAGAUUAUAUUUCAUGUUCGAAUUUUAUUGUUUAUGGUUCCAAAUAUUUUCUUCUGCAACUUACAUUACUUUUAGCAAUUUUCAAGUAAGCUGCAAUCUCAUGCAAAAGUAGUGCAAGGACAUGCAAAUAUUUUUAGAUUCGAGUUGACAUGACUUUCAGUAGUUACAAGGAACAGAGUAUUUUGUCUUUAAACUAAAGCAAUUGUUCACCACCAACAACAUUGCUAUUAAAUUUAUGGUCAACAAAGGAAUUAGUCUAUGUACGUAAAUUUUUAAUACUCUUCUCAAAUUCUUGCUUCCUAUCUUCAGGAUACUUUGUUGCUUAAAGCUUUGUAGUUAUUAAUAAUGAUUAUAAUAAAUUAUACUUUUAUUUGUCCCAGAAGGGCACUUUGUUUUACAAUGACAAACAUACAUACAUACACGAAUACAUAAUUAUAAAUAUGUACAUACAUAAAUACAUACAUAUAAAUACAUACAUAUAUGUAAAUACACACUAUUACACAAAUGCAGAACAGUUUACAAUGCAACUGUCGGUCGCCACUGAGCAGCGCCCUGUAUUUUGAGCUAGGGUUGUCGUGUCUUGCUUAAGGGCACACUCCAGUGACCUCUCAUCUGAUCCCUGUGUCACCGACACUUGCUUGACAUUGCUUGAGUCAAAACUCACUACUCACUUAGCCACUGGAGCCCCCUGAAGAUAUAGAAUCCUAUUAUAUGAAAAGUUUGUGCAUAAAUACAAGUUAUUGCCUAAUGAAAAAAAACCUAAAUUACUACAAAUUGUGAAGACUCAAAUUUAUAUUUUUACACUGAAAGUGAUAGUCUGCGAAGUUUCAGGGUUUUAGGAACUUCAGUUCAAGGUUUCUCAGUGACCCAUAUCAAUUUUCUUAUCAAAUAUCGGUGUGAAAGUGAAAGCUAACUAUAUAUGUAAAUGUGACUAAACAUUUUGACUUUGUACUUUUGGCUUCUUCUUAUAAAUUUUUCAUUUAAGUAACUCACCUUGGGGG